AUGGUGGAGAGAAGAAGGAAGCCAUUGGUGCUUUCUUCAACUAAAGCUCUGAUUAAUUCUGUAUUGAAAUCUCCAUCCAAAACUGAAGAAAUUGAUCAAACUGAACCUCUGCCGUCCGUCCAUAGUUCCUCCCCCACUCUGCAGUUAACGGCGGGAAUUCUUGGAUUCUGUAAGGGCGAGGAUGAGGUUUUACCCUCUCUUGAUGAUUCGGCAUUGGUUGGCCUCUCCACUUCUGUGCUGAAACAGUUAUCUAUCACUUCAGGCUCUCUGAUACUCAUCAAGAAUGGAGAUGGCAAUAUAAGUAGAAUUGGACAAGCAGUGGUUUUAGAUCCACCGAAUGCUGAUGAGAACUCCUCCAACAAUCCAUCGAUCUCUUCUCAUUCUCCUCGAAUAAUGCGGCUCUUACCAUCAUAUACCUAUCCUCAAAGUCAAUCUACACAUUUUGAUCCUCAAGUGGCAUAUUUAUCUCCCAUUCUAGCAUUCAAUCUAAAUUUACAUUUGUCAUGCUUGAAAUAUAUUUUGCACCGAGGGAAAGAGACUUUGUCAUCUUUGUUUGAAGUCAAUGUUGAUGGUGACGUAAGUGAAGAGGACAAUGAGCUGACUAUCAUUAGUCUAGGAAUUGAACCAUGGUCUCAGUUGCCAAAGUAUGCCUCACAUUUGAGGGUUUCUUUUGUAAAGAUUCCACAAUGCGGUACCCUUGAAACCCUUAAAAGCAGUUCAUCUAUUGAAGCGAAAGAUCGUCAAGACUUGAUAGAUUUCGCGUUGAACAACUACUUUGCUAUGGAUAGAUAUCUUGCCAGAGGCGAUCUCUUCAAUAUAUGCAUAAAAUGGAAUUGCAACUCAGAGCUAUGCAUCCCUUGCAGCCAAAAUAUGCAAAAUGGUGGCAGUGACAUAAUAUACUUCAAGGUUGCAUCUAUUGAACCAUCAGAGGAACUUGUUCUUAGAGUGAAUCGUAGUAAAACUGCUCUUGUGCUAGGAGGGAGUGUUCCUUCUGCUGUUCCCCCUGAUCUUUUAAUUCCUGGACCAAAAAAUUUCACACCUCUACAAGGGAACACAGUACAAGCUUUGGCCUCCAUACUUACACCAACUCUAUGCUCAUCAACACUUUCAUCAAAAUUCAGGGUUGCCAUCCUGUUAUAUGGUCUUCCUGGUUGUGGGAAGAGGACUGUGAUUAAACAUGUUGCUCGAAAGUUGGGCUUGCAUGUGGUUGAAUACAGUUGUCAUAAUCUAUUGGCAUCUUCUGAGAGAAAGACAUCUGCUGCAGUAGCUGAAGCCUUCAAUACAGCCCACAGAUACGCUCCUACAAUUCUUCUGCUUCGCCAUUUUGAUGUAUUCCGUAAUUUAGCAUCGCAAGAGGGUUCGCCACAAGAGCAAGUCGGUGUUAGCUCGGAAGUUGCAUCUGUCAUUAGGGAAUAUACUGAGCCAGUUCUCAAAGAUGAAGAUGAUGAUUUCGAAGAAAAAAUAUUUGGUGAUCCUCAAUUCAAAGUAGCUGAAAGGAUAAACAGGCACCCAGUAUUGUUAGUUGCAGCUGCAGACAGUUCUGAAGGCCUUCCACCAACUGUUAGGCGUUGCUUCAGUCAUGAAAUCAGUAUGGGACCUUUGACAGAAGAACAAAGGAUUCAACUGUUGUCCCAGUCUUUUCAAACUGUCUCUGAAUUGACUUCUUCAGAAGACCUUAUAAAAGACAUAGUUGGACAGACUUCAGGUUUCUUGGCCAGAGAUCUGCGUGCUCUAGUUGCUGAUGCUGGUGCAAAUUUAAUAUCUAGUACCAGUUUCCAGGAAGAGAAAUUUGGAUCUGUGGAAAAAAGCAAGUUUUCACUUGAUUCCAAUCCAGUGGAGAAUUGUGGGCCCACAGAAAAUGCACCUCGGAACCUGGGAAAAGAAGACAUUAUUAAAGCACUGGAAAGAUCGAAGAAACGAAAUGCAUCAGCUCUAGGUACUCCAAAGGUACCUAAUGUCAAAUGGGAAGACGUUGGUGGGCUUGAGGAUGUAAAGAAAUCAAUUCUGGAUACUGUUCAGCUUCCUCUCCUGCAUAAGGAUUUGUUCUCAUCUGGGUUGCGGAAGCGAUCAGGAGUUCUUCUUUAUGGUCCACCAGGAACAGGGAAAACAUUACUUGCAAAAGCUGUUGCUACAGAAUGCUCCCUGAAUUUUCUCAGCGUAAAAGGACCUGAAUUGAUCAAUAUGUACAUAGGAGAAUCGGAGAAAAACGUGCGAGAGAUUUUUCAGAAGGCCAGGUCAGCUCGUCCUUGUGUUAUAUUCUUUGAUGAACUUGAUUCUCUUGCUCCUGCCCGGGGUGCCUCUGGAGAUUCUGGGGGCGUCAUGGAUCGGGUGGUUUCUCAGAUGCUUGCAGAGAUCGAUGGCCUAAAUGACGCUACACAGGACUUGUUUAUAAUAGGAGCUAGCAACAGACCAGAUCUUAUCGACCCAGCACUUCUGAGGCCUGGCAGAUUUGAUAAGCUUCUCUAUGUUGGUGUUAAUUCUGAAGCAUCUUACCGGGAGAGGGUACUUGAAGCACUGACACGGAAGUUUAAAUUGCACAAGGACGUGUCAUUAUAUGAAAUAGCAAAGAAAUGCCCACCAAACUUUACUGGUGCUGACAUGUAUGCCUUGUGUGCAGAUGCUUGGUUUCAUGCUGCAAAACGUAAAGUAUUAGUUACUGAUUCAGAUUUAACGGCCUCGCACGAUCAGCCUGAUUCCAUUGUUGUUGAAUAUGAGGAUUUUUUGAAGGUCGUAGGAGAUCUAUCUCCUUCACUAUCAAUGGCGGAACUUAGGAAAUACGAAUUGCUGCGAGAGCAGUUACAAGGAACCUCAAGAUAA